AUGAAGUUAUCGACACUCGUCAUAUUCUUUGCCAUUUCUUUACUAUUUACCUCUUCACAAAAUGAAAGGUUGAGUGCACUUGCUGCUACGACGGGGAGUGCAGGUGAAUCUCCUUCGGUUUCACAGAAACCUAUACCGACGUCAAGUAAGCCACCUGAGUCGUCCUCACAAGCAGCUGCACCCACUUCACAAAGCUCCGGAACCACACCAACUUCGAGCACUCAGCAACAACAAUCAUCUGACGCUCCUACGAGUGCCUCUUCCGCGGCAAGUAGUGCCGACCCGAGUAAUACCCCAUCCUCUGCAGCACAACCUCCUUCAGGAACUAUUCCAGAUGUUAGCCCUCCCACUUCCGCACCUGUUGUCACUUACACAAGCACAUUUACAGUCCAUCCUACUGGGACCGGGUCAUCCGCCACUGGUACUCCUAAUCCAAAUUCGCCUGGUAACAGCAAUACUAGCUCACCUCAGAUUGAUGUUCCUGCAUCGACCACAAAGACUAUUGCAAUUGCUGCUGGCGUUGUUGGUGGUAUAGUUAUAUUAGGAGGGAUAUCCAUAGUACUAUAUCGUUAUCAAAAGUCUAGAGCAUCAUCAGAUUGGGAUGAAGAGGGUGAAGUUGUGCUCAGGGACGGUCAAGGAGGAUUUGCUCCUGGAAAUCCUUUCCAAAGUACAUUGGACCAAUAUCACAGAAAUCGAUAA